AUGGUCGAAUUGUCCCAUUUCCAUUUGCUCCGCUCAGUCGGAAAAGGAGCCUUUGGAAAAGUACGAGUCGUCCAGCACAAGCGAACAAAGGAGAUCUACGCCCUCAAAUACAUCAACAAAGCAAAAUGUAUCCGGAUGCGAGCUGUCGAGAAUAUCAUUCAGGAACGUCGGUUACUGGAAGAAGUCGAAUUUUCGUUGAUCUGCAAUCUGCGGUACGCCUUCCAGGACGACGAAAAUCUCUUCAUGGUCUUGGAUCUCAUGCUCGGAGGCGAUCUUCGCUUCCACUUGGAGCGUGCCGGACCUAUGCGCGAGGAUGUUGUCCGGUUCUAUGUUGCAGAACUGGCCCUCGCUCUUGAUGCACUUCAUGCACGCCAUUUGAAGCCCGAUAAUGUGCUACUGGACGAGCAUGGACAUGCGCAUCUGACAGACUUCAACAUAGCUGUCUACUUCAACCCUACGAAGCCAUUGAUGUCUGUCGCAGGAAGCAUGGCCUACAUGGCGCCUGAGGUGCUACUCAGGAAAGGCUACUUUGAGUCGGUAGACUGGUGGAGUCUUGGCGUCGUCAUGUUUGAGCUCCUCUUUAGCAAGCGUCCAUUCCGAGGCAAGAGUAACGAUCUGUUGACAAGUUCAAUCUUGCGGGACCCCCUCCCAUUCCCUGAAAACUUGUGCGAACGCGACAUCAGCAAGCGCCUCGGUUGUACAUCAGAAGGUUUGGAUGCGUUCAAGAAGCACCCUUGGUUCGAAGGAAUCGAGUGGGACAAACUUGCAACCAAGGAGGCAAUACCUCCCUUCGAGCCCGACUCGAAACGUGCCAACUUUGAUGCCACGCAUGAGCUAGAAGAGCUUUUGAUGGAGGAUAACCCACUGAAGGCCAAGAAGCGAGCUCAGACCACACCCGAGACAGAGUUGUCGACAGAGAUGCAGAUGAUGGAGGACAAGUUCAUUGUGUACGACUUUACCAAGGUCAAGCGGCCGCAAUCUGUCAAUCGAGGCCGUAUCAUUCGCCCCGCCACCAAUGACUCUAGGAUGAACAGCGGGACUUUGGAUGGUGUCGUUACACGGACAGGCGGCAGUCGGUCAGACGAUGUGCCCAUGACGACCUCUGUCAGGACAAGCAGGCCCGACAGUCCUAGUGAUCGUAUCGGGCAGGGUCGCUUCAGCCCAGAUGAGGACCAAACACCCCUCACAGAACAAACGUACCGGACAUCACCGAUGAACAGCCCUACAUUGGAGAACAACUACCGUGCAAAUGGGCAGAGCAUGGUCCGUCAAAAGUCUGACUCUGAGAAGGCAGGAUACUUUGAAACCCAACAGAAACAGCAACAGCAUCCUCAUCAGUCAUCACCUUUUAAUACCCAACGUCUGGAACUGCAGAGCGAGGCGAUCAUUCUGCCACCAACCUCACUCCCUCGCCCUCUUCAACCUCGCGACUAUGCAACGGGUCUGAGGGUAGGAUCCCCAAAUUAUUCACCAUCAUCAUACCCUUCGUCGCCCACUAAUUCCCUCGGCAACUCGACGGUUGCCACCGCCACACCCCUAACGGCCUACAGUUCGUCUCCUCCUCCUCCAUCGACACCCCUUUCUGGUCAACACAACAAGCCAGGAACGGCUCUCUUUGCCACACCAGACUCUGGCGCUUCAUUAUCCUCCCUGGCCAUGGAUCCUAGCAACAACAACAAUGGUUACCGCAGCCACAACAACAUUAGCGUGCCAUUGAUGGAGUCUGCCAACAUCCCUGUCCGAAGAGCAGUCCGUGGUCGGGAAGCGUCUGGCCAAUCGAUCAACUCGAUGCCCGCCGCGAUCUCGUCGAUGUCGGCCUCACCCACCACAGCCAGCAAUCCUAGGUUGUCUUCUCUUCACCCAGCGCCAUCGUCUUCUUCCUCUAAUCCUCGCCGACCCCUGGAGAUGAGCCCCUCCAGCAGUCAGUACCCAGCACGACCCACAAGCGCCUACACCACUACCCCUGGCGACGAGCGGUUCAUGUACCAGCAGCAACAGCAAUACACUACGGGGUUGUCACCUAGGCCCCAGCAGCAGCAACCAAAUCAACAACAGCUUUUGCAACAGCAACAACAGCAUCAUCAGCAGCAAUUGUAUCAAUACGAGCAAGCCUUCAACUAA